UAAUUGGCACAAAGAGAAACUCGAACCAGAGAAGGGUUUCUAUAAGGACCGUCGUCUCAUAACCUUUUUCUUCUCCUCUCUUCGUAUCUCCGCACCGAGGGAGGAAAGUAUCCCACGAAAAUACCAUCUAUCUAUACACCUAUACGUAUUAAGUAUCCUCCCCAACAAUUCUCUUUCUUCCCUUCUUUUGCGCCCUCUUUUCUCGAGGUUUUUUUGGGUUGUUGCCUUGUUGUUUUUGGUUGAGAUUUGAUAUCGUUAUGCAUCAAGGUGAUCACACUGCGCUUAGUUUGAGGCCUGGUGGUGGUCGCGGAAGCAGCAACCGACUCUUUAGUGCUUCAUCUUCGUCUUCAUCGUCGUCUGCGCCCCCGUCCUUGUCGUUUGGUUCUUUCUCUUCUGAUCUCCCUGUUUUACGUCCCCAUGGCUCCGCGCCUGUCUCUUCUUUCCCUUUAACGGCUGGAGAUGCAAGGUUUGAGAAUCAUGAGCGUGUGUGUUACACUCGAGACCAGUUAUUACAGCUUAGAGAGGCUGCUGUUGUCUCUGAUGAUAUUCUCAAAAUCAAACAAGAAUUUGAUGCUGAAGUUUUUGGAGAAGAGCAAAACUGGGGUCGUGCUGGGCAUGCUGAAAGUAAUCCUCCAAAUCAACCUCAGAGUCGUUAUUCUGAACCAGAUAAUCGCGACUGGCGCCGUCCUGCACAGUUUUCCCGCUCUGGAGAGGAGAGAUCACAAGACAAUAGAGAGUUUGGUGGACGAUAUGAGUCCAGACAGGAUGGAAAUCAAUUUCAUCGCCAAGACCUCAAUCACCAGUUUUCAAGGGCACAAAUCUCAUCUAACCAAGAGGGACCAGCUCCUGUUUUAGUCAAGGCUGAGGUUCCAUGGUCGGCUGGAAGGGGCAAUCUCUCUGAGAAGGAACGUGUCUUGAAGACUGUGAAGGGUAUUUUGAACAAGCUUACCCCUGAAAAAUUUGAUCUACUUAAGGGUCAACUCAUAGAUUCUGGCAUCACAUCAGCUGAUAUCUUAAGGGAAGUUAUAUCUCUUAUAUUUGAUAAGGCUGUUCUUGAGCCCACAUUCUGUCCCAUGUACGCACAGCUAUGUUCUGAUUUGAAUGACAAGCUUCCCUCAUUUCCCUCAGAUGAACCUGGUGGGAAAGAAAUCACAUUUAAGCGUGUCCUCUUGAAUAUUUGCCAGGAGGCAUUUGAGGGUGCUGACAAACUAAGGGAAGAAGUAAGGCAGAUGACUUCUCCAGAGCAAGAAAUGGAGCGCAGGGAUAAAGAAAGAAUGGUCAAGCUUCGUACUCUUGGAAACAUUCGCUUAAUUGGUGAGCUUCUGAAACAGAAGAUGGUACCUGAAAAGAUUGCCCAUCACAUCGUUCAGGAACUUUUAGGACAUGAUAGUGCAUCUUGUCCUGCAGAAGAAAAUGUCGAGGCCAUAUGUCAGCUUUUUAACACCAUUGGUAAGCAGCUUGACGAGAGCCCAAAAUCACGGCGUAUAAAUGAUAGUUACUUCAGCAGAUUGAAAGACUUGACUUCAAACCCUCAGCUGGCUCCCCGACUGAGGUUCAUGGUUCGUGAUGUUCUAGAUUUGCGUGCAAGCAACUGGGUUCCCAGGAGAGAAGAGGUGAAAGCAAAAACAAUCACUGAAAUUCAUUCAGAGGCAGAAAAAAAUCUUGGGUUACGGCCAGGUGCUACUGCAAGUAUUAGAAAUAAUCGUUCCCCUGGGGCUCAAGGGGUUACUACUCCUGGUAGCAUGCCCAUCACACGUCCUGGGUUAGGUGGUAUGAUGCCAGGCAUGCCAGGAACUAGAAAGAUGCCUGGGAUGCCUGGAAUUGAUAAUGAUGAUUGGGAGAUACCUAGGCAACGCAGUAUGCCUAGGGGCGAUGGAGCAGGAAUGCAGCAGAUGGGACGCAUCCAGGCACCAAUGAUGAAUAAGUCAGCAUCACUAAACACGAGGCUAUUACCUCAGGGUACUGGCAGCCUAAUGAGUGGCAGAAGUGCCCUGUUGCAGGGGAGUGGUACUUCUCCUGGCCGCCCUUCCAACUUCUAUUCUGGCAAAGAGCCUUCAUUCCAAGCUUCUGCACCUUCUAAACCUGCCUCUGCAUCCUAUGUGCUUCCAGUUGCAGGGAAAUCACAGGCACCAGCUGUAAGGUUGAACCCAGAUGAACUUCGCAAAAAAACAGUUUCGCUUCUGGAAGAAUAUUUCAGUAUUCGAGAUUUGGGUGAAGCACUAACAUGCGUGGAGGAACUGAAGUCUCCAGGUUACCACCCUGAGUUUGUCAAGGAAUCCAUCUCCCUAGCACUUGAGAAAAGUCCAGCUUGUGUUGAUGCAGUAGCGAAACUCUUGGAAUACUUGCUUGCUAAGAAGGUAAUUACACGUGGAGACGUAGAGACUGGAUGCUUGAACUAUGGCAUGUUGAUGGAUGAUAUCGCUAUUGAUUUGCCCAAAGCACCUAAUAAUUUUGGCGAGAUUAUGGGGAAACUUGUUUUGUUGGAGGGAUUGGAUUUUAAAGUUGUAAAGGAGAUCCUUUCGAAAAUUGAAGAUGAUAGUUUCCAGAAAACACUUUUUGAUUCAGCCAUGAAGACAGUAAGUUUAAGCCCUUCUGGGAAAAAUAUUCUGGAUUCCCAAGCAUCUGAUAUCAAAUCCUGCCAGAGUCUGUUCUAGCAGUCUAAAAUUUUCAUGAAUGAGUACAACAAUAUCAGUAUCCACAAUUACAAAGAGCUUCUGUGCCUGCGUUUGGGGCUUCAUAACUUCAAAGGCAAGUUGGAUAAGGUGGAGCUGCUAAAAACAAGUAGGUUAUUUUAUUGAGUUCUGUAUAUGUUUCCGAGGUCAGAGCUAAAAGAAACUAUAAAUGUCAUGGAUUUUGUUCUCAAGUAUGUUGGCCUAACAUUGUGCCUAACCGCUCGAGAAGAGUGGCUUUUUUGAGGGGUCCAGUUGUUUUGUAUUUGAUUAGUUUUUUGAAUCAUUUUUCACUUUCUUGACUGGGUGAUCUAGUUUGUUGGUAAAGCCAUUCACUUCAUAAAAAUCCCCAAGUAUUUGCCUUGAGACUA